AAUCGAUCUAUAGGUCUUCGAUCUGGUGGAUCCAACGAUGGGAGUGGCUCCUCUGCCGCUGGAGGAGCCACAGGCGGUGCGUCAUCAACUGUGAUAGGAUGCCCGCGCCCGCAAAGUCUUCCCUCGGCAAAUACUCAUCAACAGAAUCGGAAGUCCAAUAAGGAUGUCGAAGAAAACAACAACGUCCGAGGAGCAGCAUUAUCACCAGAUCACGACACUUCUUCACGCCACUCGGAUUCUUCGAAGUCCCAAGGUUCACAACGACUAAAGCGAACUGAGAGCAGUAUCAGCUCUGAAUCGCAGAAAUCGACCGGAUCUGGAUCUGGUCGUGGUAGCGCCAACGUGGCUUUGGGAAGAGAAAAUAUUGGACAUACAGAAAAACGUGGAAAGCAGCCUACUCCUCCUAAAAAAGAACCAAAGAAAAAAGUCAUGACAGAAAGAGAGGUGAUGGAUGUGGCCGCAGGCCUUCGUGCUCUCAAAAUCGGUGCUGUUGCUAAAGAAAUCGAGGAUUGGAUAUCAUGUGGGUUCGCUGAUGAUACUUUGGCUGAAAGCAUUGGAUCUGCGCUUUGCCAGCAUGCAAUUGAAGGUGGUGGUGGUCGUACAGUUGCGAAACUGUGUGGGGCGCUACGAGAUUCCCCAUCAGCGUUCGCACUUUACAGGGGGUUGCUUUCAUCAGUUUCGCAAUACUUCGAAUGCCGAGAUCGACUCCGUGCUGAUCACUUUCGCAUGUGGAUCUCUUUCCUCGCCUUUGUAGCCGAUUUGUAUUGCGAAUAUUGGAGGUGGAAAAGACGGUGGGAGCUUGUAAACUUUGUGUUCCAAGUGUUCGAUUAUUUGUUGAGAGCGCCAAUUCUGGAAACACUGAAAAUUGAAGAGCAUUGCUGUCAGUGGGAUAUGAUCUCGAACGGGAAUGUCCAGACCAAGCUUUCUCUUCUCAAAGAUUUAAUCAGAGAUGCGUUCAUUGAUGUCUCUGAACCAUGGGCGCGUAAAAUGAUUCUACUGCUGUUGGAGCUGGGCGCUAGUGGAUGGAAACUUCCGGCUGAAGCAAAUGAGUACUAUUUCCAACAAACUACAAACUAG